AGGCGGAAAUGUUAAUUGGACUAGUUCAAAGUUCAUUUUUGCAUUCAUGGUUAUUGCGCCAUAACUGAACUAAAGAUCCGGAAAAGCUUAUCAAGCUGUAUAAAAAGUAACAUUUGCUCAUAGUAUUUACCGGAGAUGGUCCCUUAUGUCUUAACGACAGUCCUUGUUAAACUGUUACAAUCUGCAGAUGGAGGGUGUCACGUGAACAAAUGGCCAUAUUCAUGUGAAGCCAACUUCAGGAUUGGACCUGAGAAAUGCGAACCAUGUGAGCCUGGCAGGUAUGGUUGUAAUUGUUCUCAAAUCUGUACCCCUGGUACCUUUGGUUUGAACUGCUACUUUACGUGUAACUGCUCUGAUGAAGUCUGUGAUCCCAAAGUAGGAUGUACCUCCAUCAAUGAAACCUCAGUAUUUACAACAGCCAGGCCUUAUAUUACAGAUACACCUGAAGCAACAUCAAAGUUCCAUCUAUUCUCUCCAAAUUCAACACCAACCUUCGGGACACCAGAGGAUCCUCUAUCAUUUCUAAGCACGGUCAUCAUUAUUCUGGUCACAUCACUAGUGCUGGUGGUUGUUAUAAGUAUUUCCUGCAUCUGCUUUAUAAUAAAACGGACAUCAAAAACCGCCUUUAAAGAAAUAACCGGCAUAAAAAGCGGUGAGCGUUCAUCAGGUUCUGGGGAUGAAAAUCCAGAUUCUCAUUCCUAUCUAACAAUCAGUGAUCGAUCUUCUCGGCUGUAUGCUGAUGUACACUAUGAAGAAGCUAUGGACAGGAAAAGUUCACCUUCAGAAUCCUUGAAUUACAAGGGAAGCAAUUCAAGCAGCAUCACGGAGAGUAGUAAAAGAUCCGAUGAUUAUUUAACACCGACUGGAAAAGUUGUUGAUGAAAAAUUAUCCAGUGGUCAAUUAUCUGGAGAGGAUAAUGUAGAACACGCAUUAGUGGAAACCUGUUUCUAAUAAAUGAACUUAGCAAACUAAAAAUGAUUAAAGAAUGCAUAUUAAUAAAAUAACAAUGCAGGUAAUUCUAUCACUGGAACGUUAGAAGCAUCUAGCUGUGUCUUCUAUCUUGUUUCAUGAUUUGUAUUAAUUUUAACUUUUUCAAAAAAAUCUGUAAUUUGAUAUCCAAAUCAAAAGAUAUUUUUUGGAAAAGCUAACAAAGGUGUGAACAAUAUCAAACUUGCAAUUUAUGGUGAAGUCUCUGUUUAUUUAAUAUAAAAUUUCUGAAUGGAACGUUCAACAACAUACAAUCAAUCAAUACUCAAAGAUGCCUUCCUUUUUAUAAAUAUUUAGUAUAGUAUGAUUAAUAAAUAUUAAUUUGAAGAGAUGGUCA